AUGGAAAGCAAGUCAGUGUUGUUUGUCUGCACCGGUAAUGUUUGCCGCUCACCAGUAGCUAAGGUUCUUGCCAACAAAUUCACAAAUGGAAACAUUAAAAUCGACUCAGCUGCAAUCUCAAAUCACCAUAUCAACGAAAAGGCCGAUGACAGAGCUGUUGAAAUCUUAGCUCAACAUGGUAUGGAUCUCUCCAAGCAUAGAGCUAGACAAAUUCGCGCAGAUGAUUGGAUGCUCUUCGAUUACAUCGUUGCCUUAGAUAAGAAAGUUUACAAGAUCCUCUUAGAUAUGAAGCCAAAUACUUCUAACUCCAAGGUUAUCUUAUACGGAAACAUCAGAGAUCCUUACUUCUCAGGCCGUUCCGGCUUUAACAAGAUGUAUGAUGAGAUUGCAACCGGAAUGCCACAAUUCUUAUCAUGCAACAAUAUCUACAAUAUGAGCUAA